AUGGUAUCCCCCUCGCCCUCGCCCACGGGCGAACGACCCAGCGCCUCCCCCUCCACACCCUCCUCCUCCCCACCACCACUGUCCCGCUGCUCCUCCUCCUCCAGCAUCUCCGGUGACGUGGUGCGCGGCGCCCUCACAGCCCAGAGCCUCCCGGCGCACACGGACGACCCCGCGCGCUACAUACCGCCGAUGGACCACCUCGAAGCGCCCGACAACGAGCUGGCAAAGCUGAUGCGCACCAAGGACACGCGCGAGCGGGAGAUGGGGGAGGUAUUGCUGUCGCUCAUGCUCGAGAGCACUAACAUCAGGCAGGCAACGGCAUUGAAGGAUCUGCCGGAGCUGCAGAAUGCGAUGAUUUCGUAUAGGAUGCCAACGAGGUUAUCGCUUCGGCGGAGCGGGGAGAAGACAGUGGUGGUUAAGGAAGGGGGUGAAGAGGAGGAGGAGGAGGAGGUGGAGGAGGAGGAGGAGGAGGGAGGAGCGCAGAAGGAAAAGAAGAAGAGGUUUGAGUUAAAAGUGGAAGGAGAAAUAAUGACCACCGAAGCUGCACAGGCAGCCGCCGACAAAGCUAUCGCUGAGCUUGGUAAUCUUGACUUUAGUACUGAGAUUUCAAAGUUACCGGAAGAAAUAGAAAGCAAAGGUAAAUGGAAAGGAAAGGGUAAAGAAGUGGCCACAGACAGUGAGGACGCGGGCGCGGUAGGUUUGGAUAUGGAUGUAGACGCAGGUGCGGAUGCAGAGGAUGAGGUGGUGGAAAUGGACCUAAGCAGAGGCGUGGAAGAGUCACGGAAAAGAGCGAGGGACGAGAACGCCGGUGAGUCUUCGGGUUCUAGUAAACCUGUUGUAAAGUCAUUGGUCCAAGAGGGAAAGGAGGAGAUACCCGCACCUGACCUUGGCCCUGCCCCCGACCUCUGGCCGGCACCCAUCUCUGAAGAAGAAGCCGACGCCCUUGACGAGGAGGACAUGAAUGGCGGCGUUUUCACCCCUAGCUCCUUGUCGCUUACCCCAGAUAUCGCACUCGCAGUGCUGGAAUCCGUGCCUACCGAAUCCCCGCAUCGCCCCGUGGCCCAUUACAUCCUCUCGAAUGCCUACCAACAGGAAUUCCGCACCACUGGACACACUCCCACCAUCAACUCAGCCCUCCACCACGCGCAAAUCGCCGUCUCCUUACUCGCCCCCCCGCGGCGCAUACGCACCAACGCAGUUAUGAACCUCUGUGAGAUCUUCAACCUUCGUUAUAUCCAUACCAACGAUGUCACCAAUCUCUCUGCUGCUAUCGGGAUGCUAUCACGCACACUAGAAGCUGGGCACGAAGGCCGCGGCAUCCGCCCUCUCGUCUUCCAUUUCCUCUCCCGCCUUCACGGCUACCGUUACGACGCCCUCCACGGCACCGACGACCUCGAAAGGUGUAUUGCACUCGCCGAAGAACUUGCAUCCUCCAUAGAACGUUCGAGCGGCAGCUGCAGAGUACCCGGUAUAAACAUAGCACAGCUGCACUUCGAUAUAGGCAACCGCCUCCGCGAGCACGGUGACAUCGACAAGGCAAUCGAGCGAUUCGAGCUUUCGGCCGCCCUCAGCGACAACAUCAACCUGCGCGCGGAAGCACUGGGCGCCCGGGUAGACUCCAUGUUUUUGCGCGAUCGUAAUGAUACAGUGGCUAUUCUGGCCGGGCUGCAGAGCGGGAUUGAGGUGCUGCCAGCUUCGCACCCUGUGGCGGCCAACAUGAGAAGGAACAUGGAGAGCCUUCUCAACGUCAGAAAGGGUGAUGAUAUUUCUGAUCUGCAAGCUGAGAUUGAAGAGGGCGACGGCGAUGUUGAGACGCUGACCAAGUUGUCCCACAGCCUGCUAAGGCGGUUUAAGCGCCUCGGGGAUAUUAAGGAUUUGAAUAGUGCGGUGGAGCCUGCGGAGAUUGCGAUGGCGGCGACAGAGCGCGAGGAUGAGGAGUAUGCAAUGCGUGUUGGCUUGUUCGCACAUAUACUACAGGUACGGUAUGAAAGGCUAGGGGAAAGGGCCGAUCUAGAUAGGUCGAUCGAGACGUGGGAGCUGGUCGUGGAGGCGACAGAGGGGGAGGAGCAGCGUACGGCGAGGACCAAUAUGAGUCAGGCGCUGUAUCUAAGACAUAAGCAUGAGUCCGGGGGCGUAGUUGACUUGGACAGGGCAUUGCUUCUUGCACAGGCGGCGUUUGACGGGAUGGAGAAGGGGGAGCAAGAAUAUGCGGGGCGGCUACUGAACCUGGCAAAUUGCUAUACGGGGAGAUUCAGGGUGCAUGGAACAAAGGAGGACAUUGAUACGGGAAUUUCCAAGAUGAGGCAGGCACUGGAGGCGUCGGCAGAGAAAGGGAGUAGUGCUGACAGGCCGGGCAUAAUUGGGAAUCUGAGUGCGCAGCUGCUCCUACGGUGGCAAGCAUUUCGUGAGUCCCGGGACAUUACCGAGUGUAUAGAAUACGCGGAGAGGUCUUUGAAAGAAACUUCAACGCGCUCGCCGCAUUAUGCAGAGCGGCUUCUGAAUCUCGCGACGAUGCUGGAUGCUCGGGGCCAUCGUGAAGAUAUCGAGCGCGCCGCUCGCCUCGCCCGAGUUUCCCUGGAGUCCAUUCCACAAGGCCAUAGGAUCGAGGCGGGGACGAUGGCGGUGCUGGCCAGGUAUGUCCAACAUCUCCACAGAGGCGCGGAGGGACUCAACGCGGCGGUUGAGGCGGGUGAGAAGGCGGCGGCGGCGGCCGAGGUCGGGCAUCCGGAUCGUGCACCUAUACUCGGGACACUCGCGGCAACGUACCGUGCGCGAUACGAGCGCCUGGGAAACGUGAUGGAUCUGCACCGCGCGGUGGAGAAUGGAUAUGCAGCGGUGGCGCACUGCAAGGAGUCGACGGCAAUGAAGGGCGACUUUCUCAGCGAGCUGAGCGAGUCGCUGAGCAUCCGGUUCAGGCGCAUCGGGGCCAAGGACGAUAUGGCCAUCGCGGUCAAGACGGCGAGGGAGGCGCUCGACUGCACGCCCGUCCAGCAUCGAAGCCGGCCUGAGCGGUUGAUUGAGCUCUGCCAGCGGUUUAUCGAGAGCUUCAAGGCCGGCGGAGAGGAGGAGAAUCUGCUCAAUGCCAUCACGCUCGGGAAUCUCUGCCUCGAAAAGACCGCCGAAGACGACCCCGAUCACUCUCGCCGCCUCGUCAUCGUCGCCGAUGCCCUCCAUCUCCGCCACAGCGUGUACGGCGUCUUCUGGAACGACCUCGACCGCGCAUUGAUCAUGACCGAAAAUGCGUUGACUCUCUACAGGGGCGGGCGCAUAACGGUGCCAGAGAUAAAGCACCGCAUGGGCAAACUCCUGCGCAGCCGCUACCGCCGCGGCCGCAGCAUUGCCGACAUCAACAGCGCAAUCAGCUGGCUCGAGGCCGCAGCAACGCAGAUUGACGAUGAGCUGCCCGUGCGCGCCGACAUCCUCGACGACCUCGCCCGCUCCUAUCUUAUCCGCUACCAAGCCCUAGAAAACAAAGGCCCUGAUGGCGAGUUCUCGUUUGUCACCUUCCGCGACCUGUGGGAGAUGACUCUCGCGCCACCGCUCACCCGAAUCCGCGCAGGAAAGCGCCUCUGCGAUGUCCUUGAAAAGUCAGGCAGGUGGAGCGAGGCUGCAGACAUAUUCGAGAAGUGUGUGGAGCUCAUGCCGCGGGUCUCACCGCCGUCACUGGCGCGGGAGGACCAGCAGGCGCAGCUCAAGCUUCUCUUUGGGAUCCCGACGCGUGCUGCAAACGCGGCGCUCACAGCUGGUUAUGGCGCGGAGAGAGCACUGAGAGUGCUGGAGAUGGGCCGCGGCAUCAUCAUGGGAUUUGUUAUCAACUGCCGCAGCGAAACGACCGAUCUGCAGGCUGCGCACCCGGCAUUGUAUGAGGAGUUCAAUUUGCUGAGGCGCGAGCUCGACAGCACGGCAGGAUUCUCGGCAAAGAGCACAGGGCUGGCAAAGGAGCUCGAGGAGCUUUCGGCGGGGAGUGUGUCGGCGAGGAGGAAGCGCGCAGCGGAGCAGCUUGAAGAGGUGCUGGCAAAGAUCCGCACCCUAGAAGGGUUUGAGAACUUUUUGCUUCUGCCAACAGGGGCAGAGAUGCGGAAGAUGGCGGAGGAGGGGCCGAUAGUGGUGUAUGCGAGCGGGAUUGACCGGUGCGACGCCAUCAUUGUCACGGCAGACGAGAUCAAGAGUGUCUGCCUUCCAAAGUGGGAGAUCAAGGAGGCAGUUGAGCAGACGGUGGGGUUGGGCGUGAACGUGGUGCGCGGGAAGGUGAGCACCUACGCGCGGAGGAACAAGAAGAUGAAUAUUGCUCUGGAGUGGCUCUGGAACGUCGCCGUGGAGCCGGUGCUGGCGGCGCUGGGGAUCGAUGGCAGCGAGGCCGUGAUGCCGCAUGUGUGGUGGGUGGGCAGCGGCGCUCUCAGCUUUGCGGCUUUCCACGCCGCCGGAAUCCACACCGCGGGCUCAACACAGAACACAAUCAGCCGGGUCAUCUCCUCCUACAUCCCGACCAUCAAGGCACUCACCUAUGCCCGCAGCAUGCGGCCCCCGACUCUUCCCCGCGGCUCACCAAACGUCCUCCUUGUCACGAUGCCUACAACACCCGGCGAGAGCGACCUCCAUGGCGUCGAGCAGGAGGCCUCCUGUAUCAGCGAGAUUGUCGGCGCACAUUCUGCCACUAGCCUCACACACCCCACCGCCAGCGAGGUCCUUGAUCAGCUCGCAUCCCACUCCGUUAUCCACUUUGCCUGCCAUGGCAUUAGCAACCCGUCUAACCCCUCCGCCAGCGCGCUCCUUCUCCACGCGAAAGACGGCACGCAAGACAGGCUGACUGUGCAGACAAUCUCCGACGCAAACACGACAACCGCCCAGGUUGCGUAUCUUAGUGCCUGCAGCACGGCCGAGAACUCGGCAGUGCAGCUGGCGGACGAGAACAUUCAUUUGGCGGCGGCGUUUAUACUCGCGGGCUUCAGGAAUGUGGUGGGGACGCUGUGGGAGAGCUCUGAUGAUGCGUGUGUGGAGGUUGCAGGAGGGUUCUAUACCGGGUUGUUUGUGGAUGGGGUUGGCUCGGGAGUUGCAAUGCAUAGAGCGGUUGUAGAGUUGAGGAAACGUAAGCCGCAGAAGGUGUUGAUGUGGGCGCCGUUUAUACAUAUGGGUGCUUAG